AGGUUAUUGCCAUUUACAACGACUUUCAGUCCAUCCUGAUUCUGUGUCAUACAGUCGAAUAAAGUCGUUAUAUAUAGCCCAGUGUAACUGGACAAUCUGAUGGUUUUUACCGUUUUCGAAGUGAAAUUACAGUGUGCCCAGUUAUAGUCUGGUAGAAUUGCAACCCGGUGGCCGGUGAUUGUUGUGUUACAUACGGGAUUAUACGGUCGUGUGUCCGUGUGUGGAUUGGUUUGCCGCGCUCCGCUAGCAUGGCGCGCUUAGCGCUCUUAUGCAUAGCGUCCCUUCUGGCAGGGAUACAAGCAGUACCGUACAAAUCGCGCCAGCCUUCCGAAUUUUCUUCCCGUUCUACUGGACAAUGUGGUGCUAAAGAUAAUGUCUUUCAACCUGGACAAACCUACGAAUACAAGUAUUUCGGCAAAGCGGAAACCGGACUUGGCGUGGCUGAUUCCAAAACCGUUGGAUUGGCUGUGGACUGUCAUAUCAAGUUGUCCGUUCCGGAGCCUUGCCACUUCCGCAUGAAGAUUUCCAAAUGCGAAGUCUUGGAGCGCGAUGGCAGUCCGGCCGAUAUGGAGUUCUCUCACCACUCGUCCUUGGAGGAGGAGGUGAAGAACAUGGAGAGCCGACAGGAAGUCAGCCGACGCGGUUUCCGUCCAUCGGAGAAAUCCCAGGACUUCAACCAGGAGGUCACCAAGUUCGACAUCCAGGCUGUUAUCAGCGACGGUGAAGUGUCCAAGGUCAUCUACGAAGAGUCCGACGAUACCUGGGUGGUCAACUUCAAGAAGGGCAUCCUCGACGCUCUGCAGAUCCGCACUGAUGCUGACUCACCACGCAAUACCAUCCUGGUGAAUGGUGUGCAAGGUCUGUGCCCCACCAAGUACACUUCCCACGGCACAUCCGAGUCCAUUGUGGAGGAGAAAGAUCUCGAUUCCUGCAUACAGCGCUCCAAGAAGAGCUGGGAACUCAGCCCAUUGACCCCCAUCUGGAACAUGAGCUUUGUGUCCACUGUCGUGUCCUCCCGAAGCAUCUGCGCCUACAAACUGCGCCGCUCUUCCCAUGUCGAGACCAUGGCCUGCAAGGAAACCCACCGCCUGCUGCCUCUGCCAUGGAACACUCAUGUUUCGGCCAUGUCCGCCAACAUUACGUAAGUCUUGCGCUUCGUUAGUCAAUCUGGAUCCGCUCACCCCAUGGAUCGCAACAUGAACAACAAGCAGAUUACCUCCAUUCUCUACGAACACGAGAACACCACCGAUAUUGACCGCGAAAGCUCUUCCGACACCGAAGCCAUUGAAAUCUUGCAGGACUUGGUCAAGCAAGCCAUCGAAGGUUUCGACAUUGGCUCACCGGCUGUAUUCGACGAUUUCGUUACGGAACUGCGCGAUUCCUCUGAUCUCACCUCGCUUGUGCAACAAGUCCGAGGAUUCAAUAAAGAGGAAAAGGAAGUUGCCAAGUACCUCCUUGUGCAAGGAUUGACCCAGUGCAAUGCUCCCGCCUGCCUGCGCGCUCUGACCACCCUCAUCAACACCAAGGAGAUUCCCGCUGAAGUCUUUGAGCCCGUUGUGAUGGCCCUGGCCCUGACCAAGCAGCAGGAUCCACUCUUCCUCGCCGAAAUCACUCGCAUGUGCGAAACCCGCCCAUCCCGCACCUGCACCCUGAUGGUGGCCGCCAUGGUCAACAAGCUGGUCACCGACUCCGACGAUGACGACGAAGACAUCUUCGACGAGCAGGAGACCAAGGAAGCCAUUGAACAAGCCGUCAAAUUCAUCACCGAGCUCAUCGAGGACGGCAAAUGCGAACCGACCAACAAACUGGACAAAGCCGACGAAGAGGACGACGCCACCAAACUGAUCAUCGCCCUGAAGGCCAUCGGCAACCUCGGCUCCGUCGCUCAGCAGAUGCAGGGCAAGAGCGGCAUGCGCGGUGGACGGAUCGAGGAGAAGAUCGCCAAGUGCCUGACGGAUAAGACUGUCCCGGCCAAUGUGACCAUUGCCGCCAUUCACGCCGUCCGCAAGUUCGUUCCCAACCAGUUCAUCUCCGACCGCCUGCUGGCGGUGUUGGCCGAUGAGGAGAAGUCGCAUGCCGUGCGCGCUCACGCCUGCAUGGCCAGCAUGCGAAUGGCCGUCGAUCGCGCCUCCGUCAAGAAUGUCCUAAAGGUCAUGGAUAACGAGAAGAGCGAGCAGAUCAAGGCGUUCAUGGUGUCGCAUAUCCGCAGCGUUCUCAAAUCGGAUGACCCCCAUUAUAACCAUACCGCUAAGCUGAUCAAGCAAGUUCUGGAAGAAUCCGGCAAGACCCUGCCCAAGACCCGCGCCCGUCUCCCGCAUUCCGUCCAUCUGGAACUGUCCAAAUUCUUCGAAGUGCCUUUCUUGGAAGACGAAGAGAACGAAUUCGGAGCCCAAGUGGAAGGCAGUGUUGUCUUCAGCUCCAAGUCAUACAUUCCUAAGGCUCUGCACUUCAACGUCAGCGGUGAAGCCUGGAGCGAAUAUGUCAAUGUCCUGGAAACCGGUGUUGAUCUCCAAGGUGUGGAAGAUUUGGUGGAGAGUCUGGGUCCCAACGGACUCCUGGCUAAGAGCCAUCUGCUGCGACAGGCCCGUGAAGGCUUGAUCAAAGUCGUGAAGGUGGUGGAAGACAUGAUCUACAAGUUCGUCCCCAUGGACAGCAUGGGCAAGUACGGCAAGAAGGCCUACAGCAUGAUCCAGACGCAGACCUUCGAACAGAUCGUCGACCGUCUGCUCAGCGCUCUGGAAGGCGUCGACACCACCGAACUGCAGAAGAUCAUCUCCCAUGCCCGCAACUUCGACACUGACCAGCUGAUGGAGACCAUUAAACGCAACAUUCCCCAGUCGCCGCAACUGACCAAGGUCAUUGAGAAGCUCAAGCGCAUCAACUUCCGUGACGCAUCCGAGGAGACACUCAUUCAAGUGCUGGAGGCGUUCGGUGUGCCGGAACGCAAAUCACGCGAAAUCCUGGCCCAGGUAUCGGAAUACGGCGUCAACAUUAACGAAAUCAUCCGCUGGAUGAAACGCACCGAUCUAUCCUACAUCCAGAACAGCCUGCGCAGCAUCCGUGCGGGUGAUGUGGAGGACCGUGCCACCGACGUUCUUGCCAAGGUCAAGCAGUUUUUGGCGUGGUUCUGUGAGAAGUACAACCUGCCCACUCUGACCACCAUCAUGGACACCAUUCAGCGCACCCUGAAAGAUCCGUCGGAGCUGCGCCGCAUGAAGGACACCUACUUCUCCCAACAGUCCAAGAACAAGAACAGCAAUAAACGCGGCAAAUCCUUGUUCAGUCUGGGCGAGGAGGAUGACGAUGAGGAGAAGACCGGGUAUGAUGAGGAGGAGAACGAUGAGGCCAGCUUGGGACAGAUGCCCUGGGGUAAAUCUGUCAAGGACAUCUCCCGCCGUGAAACCCAGGAGGACGACGAUGAGGACGAUCUGGAUGUGACCGCCUUUGUUCGCAUUUUCGGCAACGAAAUCGGAUUCAUCUCGCUAAGCGACAUCAUGCGCUUCCUGGACACCCAGAAGCUGAUGAAGAAGUUCAACGUGGACCGCAACUGGCGUGACAUAAUGGAUGGUUUCGACAUCCGCCCGACGAUUGCCGCCAAGAUGGAAGGCCUGCAUCAUAUUUCCACCGGACUGGGACUGCCGCUGCAAAUCACCCUCAAUUUAACCGGCUUGGCUACUCUGCACGUGAAAUUGCAACCACAAGGCGGAAGCUCUUUCCGCAAAUCGGCAAUGGAAUUUGAACCAAGUGGCGCUUUGCAAUUGGUUGGUGGUAUGGCCAUUGAUCUCCCAUCCAUCACCAAGAUUGAAACGCUCGUCAACACCACCGUCAAAUCCGAAGUCGAAUUGAAGGUCAAGGUUGAUAUCCGUGAGAACAACUUCGAAGUGCACAUUGAGAAGCCCGAUGAAGAGCUGGACAUUCUCCAUGUUCGUCACGAAAUCAAGUUGAAGAAAGACGAUGAAGACUUUGAGCCGUUCGAUGAUUCCAAGACCAACGUGGUCGACAAGCAGAAAUGCCUGCCGGAAAUGGUGGAACGCUUCACCGGUCUGAAAGUCUGCGCUGAACUGGAAACCUCCACUUUCCGCGGAUCGAAACUGCUGUCCCAUGGCCCACAUGAACUGCGCGUCUCCAUCCAGGAAAGCCGAUCAAGUGGUGCGGAACACUACAAAUUCUCCGGCAAGCAGGACAAACAAUCCCGCAGCAACCGCUACGAACUGAACUUCCGCGCCCCGGGCGCUCAGCACCGCCGCGAAGUGCGCGCUCUCCUGACGCACGACCGCCAGCGCAACGACAUGGACCUGGAAUUCGACGUCCCCGAGCAGUCCACGCCCAGGAUGAAGCUCUUCGUCAAGAAUCUCAACGACCACUCCCGUGAGAAAUACGGUGUGGAAUGCGGCAUCGACAUCGAGACCACGCCCCGCCAGCACUACAACACCUCCGUCACCAUCAUCGGCAAGGCGUCCGGCUACGGUGGCAACCGCUAUCGUGACGAACGCAUCAUGGACACCCUGUCCAGCGGCUACCUGAACUACACCGUCAAGGGAUCGCUGAUGACCCCCUUCGCCUGGGUCAAUGUGUCCACCACCACGGCGAAGAUCGGGCAUACCUUGAUGAUGGAGCACAACCUGACCUACUUCAUUUCGGAUAACAUUCGUGUGCCGAUUCUGAAGAAGCUCUGCUUCCCCAAUGUCCAUGAACGACGUGGAGUGAGCAAGUUUGUUCUGCGCCACGGCAUCCGUGCCAAGACUGACCAGAUGGCUGUUGAUAUGCAAGCCUUUGUUAAAUUCAUGACCUUCCCCUUGCUGAGCGUGGCCGAACCGACGUUCGAGCAUGUCACCCAAGUGAAGGUGCACCGUGACUACCGCCAUGUGGGAUUGCAUGCCAAUACCACCUGGUUGAACUCUCACCAUGAACUGGAAUUCUUCAACUGCUCACUGACCGGUAACAAUCUCAACUCCGUGAUCCGUCUGUCGGAACCCGCCAGCAUCAAGAUGAACAUCAGCCGCAACGACUGGUACAUCGACGCUAAAGCCCAACUACGCAAGGACGGCGGCAAUGAGUUGACCCUCAAGGGCGAAGCCACCGCUUCCGGCAUCGUCCCCGAGUGCAACGGCAUGAUGGAGUGCGCUAAGAAGAAGCUGAUCAGCGAGGCCAAAUGCCUGCUAGACAUGAUCAAGUUCAAGAGUCAAAGUAUGGAAAUGCGCCCGCACACCCACCACCGCUUCCGCGAGAGCCGCUCCCAGUUCGAAGAAGGACACGGCCGACCCAUGCGCGUCAAGGCCACCAUUGAGAGCAAGCUGCGCCAGAAAUCCGGCAGCCCGCUGGAGUUCAGUUAUUCCCGCCAGAAUCUCGGUAGUGGACGCGUCUGGGAGUUGAAGAACACCUUGGAUAUCCAGUCCACCCAUUCGGCACCCAAACAGGCGCAGGUGGUGGUCACUUUCGGCAAUGACGUCGAACACCGCGAUGCGUUUAUCAAUCUGUUCAUGAUGUCCAAUGUCACCAUGACCAACAUCCCGUACAGUCUGGACCACUUUGCCCAGCUACUGGUCUCCCGUGAGGAAGGCCUCCUGAUCUCCGUCAACACCUCCAUCGACAAGUCGGACGAGACUCUGAUUGGUGGUGGCAUCCUGUUCCAGGUGGAUGUCGAUGAUAAGAAGAUCCACAUUGGAUGCAAUAUUGACACGCCGGUCUUGGAAGCCUCAGGAUUGGUCAGCAUGGCCAAGCCCGACCGACGCCCCCUGGAAGCCAAGAUCUGCACCAAGACGGAUUCCGACAAGUCGGAGAUGUUGAAGCAUGAACUGCAGGCUGUUAUCAAAAUCGGCUCUGGCAAGAUCAUCAAGUCGCUGAAGUUCCGUCAUCCUAAACUGGAGACCGAGUUCAAGACCGAAUUGGACCUGUACUCUGACGGUACCGAAACCGACUUCGAUGCCGGUAUGGAAUUCGACAAUGAUGCUGACAACACCGAGGAAGAUACCACCGAAGCCACGGACCGAUUUGGAUCUCGCAACAACGAACGCCGCACUAGUGGACAUCGCAGCUCGGAGCGAUCGCAGAAGAACACCAACCGCAACUCCAACCGCAUUAAACGCUCUCACCGCACCCGCGGCGACGAGGAGACCGUGAGCGAAUGGGACACCACCGAAUCAUCAGCAUCCCGUCACGGUAAAUCCAAAUCCCGCUCGGGCAGCUCCAGCAGCGAAACCACCGGUGACUACUCCAUGGACGACACCACCUCCCGCUACGGCAAAUCCAAGUCCAAAUCCCGUUUCGGUGGCUCCAGCGCGGAAACCACCGAUUUCGACCAGGACACGUCCUCCCGUCACGGCAAGUCCAAAUCCAAAUCCCGUUUCGGAGAGUCUAGCAGCGAGACUACCACCGACUCCUGGAGCGAUACCAACUCCUUCGGCGGACACCGCGGUCGCAAAUCCAAAUCGCAGUACGGCAUGUACGACACCGAGACCACCACCGAGUCGUAUGACGAUGACACCACCACCCGCGGAUACGGUGAGGAGAACAACGAUGACGACGAGACCACGACUCGCCGCCGCCACGGAUCUCGCAACCAGUACAACUCACAGGAAGAGACCUCGACGACCUCGUACGACAACGACGACGAUGAGACCACGACUCGUCGCAGCCGCUACGGAAACUACGAGGACAACGAGGAGCAGACCAACUACAACCGUCAAAGCGGAUUCUUCAGCAACCGCAAGAACAAGGACAAAGAAUACAAGUCGUCCCGCGUUGCCCGAUCAGCUGACCGCGACUACGAGGACGACAGCCAGAACGAGGAGACCACCUACGGCCGCAAGGCGACCAAAUCGUAUUCACGUCAUAAGGCCACCACCCAGUCACCUUAUGAUGAAAAUGAGGAAUCCACUUUUAACCGACGUAAAUCCAAGAAGCACUCUUCCUCGCGCACCACCAGUGCUGAAGAGGACAACACCAACAACACCGAUCCGCCCCCAUACCGUGCUUAUGGUAAGCAGCGCACAUUCUCUAGCCGCAACUCGGCAGAGGAGACCGACACCACUUAUGACCGCAACACCCGCCGCAAGGGAGACCGUCGCGAGAGCAAGGGAUUCCUGAACACUUUCUUCGGCGCCGACGACGAGGAGAACACCUUCGACUCGCAGAACACCGGCCGUCGCUCGCAGAAGAUGACCGCGCGUGGUGGCAUGUCCAGCGAAGAGGACACCACCUUCGGCCAGUCCUCCCGCUCUGUCUCUAAAUGGAGCACCAAGAAGUUCCGCGACAGCGUCAGUGGAAUCAGCCCGAGAAUCUCCUCCGUCCUCCGCAUCAAAUCUAACGACCGUGAACUCUUCCCCAGUUUGAACGUGGAAGCCAAGGCCACCAUCCGGCAAAUGUCCCUGGAUGUCGACAUCCGCGAAGUGCCCCGUCGCUUGGCCGACAUUAUCACCAUCCGCAAGGUGUCCCUCAAAGGUCAGCUCCAGGAUCAGAAGGCGGUGAUCAAGUGCAUCAUCGAUAAUCGCAACGAAAUCGGCAUUGAACUCCAUGUCCGCAGUGAGCGCGAAGCUACCGGCAAGAUUUAUGACCGCGGCUUGACAACGAACGGUGAAACCGUCCACGCCCAGGUGACCGUGACCCUCCCAUCGGACGGUCUCGUGGCCAUCAAGUUCAAGGUCGACCCCGACUCCACCUCCAAGAUGGCCCGCAACCUGAAAUCCGCCGGCCGCAGUGCCUACGACAGCUCCCUGCGCUACGCCAAGGACUACUCACAGAAAGGCUACAAUGAAGCCCGCCGCCUGUGGUCCGAUGAGAACCAUCCGGCCUACAAGUACACCAAGUCGUACAUGCACGGCAGCCUGGAAGACUGGAAGGAUGAGGCCGUGAAGCAUGGGAAAAGCUACUAUGAAAGUACGAAAGAUUACGCCAGUUCUAUCUACUCGGACGAUUCUGCUCUGGGAACCUCUCUGGAAGAGAUUGUCCGAGAAAUCAACCGACAGCGAAAGAUCUGGAUGGAAUAUGUCAUGGAACUCAUCCGUGAUACUCCUGCCGGUGAAUGGGUCGACGCCAUCCCCAGUCUUGAGGAAGUGACCUAUAAGAUUAAGCAAGUGGCCGAACGACACCUGUCUCCUCAGCUGCGCAUCAUCAAAGCCCGUCAGAGCUGCAUUCUGAUGCAGUCCUGCGACGCCAUGGGUGCCCUUCGCUCCAUCCAGGAGGUAGCCAUCGAAAUCACCCAGACCAUCGAUCCCAGCCGGGCCCGCGAUCUCGCCCAGUCGGCCUUUAAGAUUGUCCAGGAACUGCUGGUGGACUUUAUCCGCGCCGUGAAGGAGAAGGCCCGCAGCAAUGACGACAUCCGCCAACUGAUCGGUACGAUCAACCUCGAUGAACUGGAAAGCCGCAUCCGCACCGCCCAGGCGCCCAGCAUUGACACCAUUGUGGAUGCCGCCAAGGCGGUGUUGCUGGUGAUCAAGGAUGUCGCCGUGGAACGUUUCGAUGCUGUGGAACAGGAAGGUGAUGGCUCGAUCGUGGUGAAGAUUCCGCAUCCUUUUAAAUGGAGUAGUUUCAAGUCGAUGCCACGUUGGACUGAUGAGCAGCGCCAGAAGGCUUACGACUACUUCGACCGGACCCGACGCGCUUUCGAUGACUACAAGAAAACCGCGUUCAAGGAUGUAGCCCGCAUCAAAAUCCCUGGCCGUGACCAGCCCAUGCAUUUCCGCUGGUCCGAUAUCAAACAGUUCCCCAAGAAGAACAUGCCCUCGCAAGUGGCCAUGAUCUUCGGUGACCGCCACAUCAUGACCUUUGACGGCAAAGUCUAUGCCAUCCCCGAAGCUGCCGAUCAACAGUGCACAUACCUUCUCAGCCGAGGCAUGAAGGACAAGAAGUUCUCCCUGGUUAAGGACCGCAACGCCGUCACCCUGACCGUACCCGAGAUGGUCAUCAGCAUCACCGAGAAGAACGAAGUGCGCAUCAACAACAGCAUGGUACAACUGCCGGUGGAGAGCCAUUCCAAGCGCACCAAGGUCACGCUGGUGGGCGACACCGUCGAGGUGGAAUCCGAUGUGGGACUGACGCUGAAGGUCACCGGUGAGAAGAAGUUGGUAGUGGUGGAACUGUCCAGCGCCCUGUGGGACGAGACCGUCGGUCUGCUGGGUAGCAACGACAACGAGGCCGCCAACGACUGGGAGAUGCCAACCGGCAAACGCGCCAGCCAUGUCGAAGAAUUCUUGAACUCCUACGAAGUCGGUAAAUCGUCGCAGUGCCGCUUGGUCAAGGGACGUGAGGAUAUGUCACGUGGUGGUCAGCGCUGCCCUAAGUCGUCUAAGUGUGCACAGUUGUUCGGAUCAGGAUCACCUUUGAGCAAGUGCUUCCAGAACAUCGACCCUGAGGAAUUCAAACAGGCCUGCGAGACCGAGAGCAACAAGUGUGGUCGCAGCGAAGCCGAUGAGACCGUGUGCAACGUCGUGGCGGCCUACCGUAAAGCCUGUGCCGCACAGAACAUCGAGACCGAAUCACCGGAAGACUGCGAAGCCUGCGAGGGUGGACGCCGUGAGAACAGCGAAUGGACCGUCCGCGGUAACCAGCGCAAAGUGGACAGCGUCAUCCUGGUGUCCGAGCACCGUGACUUUGCCUCCAAUGCCGCCCCCGAAAAGAUCCGCUCCCUGGUGGACACUAUCACCCGCAAACUCCGCCAGACCAGCGCACAGGAUGUCCGUGUUGCGUUAGUUGGAUUCAGCGGAGCCGGUGUACACAAGAAGGCACACACUCACACCAUUGACCAUGAACAAUUCGGAACUCCCGACAAACUGGCGCAAGCUCUGCGCACUCUGCAGUUCAAGGGAACCGAAAAGACUGACGCUUUGGAAGCCAUUGAAUACGUUUUGGACAGCCAUGAUUUCCGUCCGGAAGCCACUAAGAUCAUGCUGGUUUUCGGUGCUGAGGAAUCCGAGUUGAUUUCUUCGCACUCCCGCCUGCAAUCCGUCAAGGAGAAACUGGAACAGCAGGGCGUCACCCUGACCGUGUUCAGCAAGUACGGCAACGAGGACAUGAAGGACCGUGACCACGGUAUCAACUACGACGGCUCCAUCUUCAGCUCCAAAUCCAUGAACACCCAGCCGCAGUCAUCGCGCCGCGUCCCCGAGGAGUUCGCCUCCUACGGCCAGAUGCCCAGCCGUAAGCUCAGCUUCCUGGCUAAGUCGUCGCGCGGUGCCGUCUUCCAGCUGGACACCCUGACCAGCAACGACCGCUCCCGUCAGCAGCAGCUGGAGGAGCGUGCCGCCAGCACCAUUGCGGAACAGGUCAAGCGCGAGGAGAGCAUGUGCAAGCGCUGCGUGUGUAAAGAAACCGAGCUGGAUCAGCUGAUUUCCGCCUGCCGACCCACGGCUUGUGCUUAAGUGGUGUGCGCAGUGUUUUUCCGGCGUAAUUUAUUCUUAAAAUAUUCACAAAAAAUAGUGUUUCUACAUAGUCGAUGGGAUGCUGGUUUCAUCUGUAAAAUUUUGUGAUUUUUUCGCAUUAGUUAUUGUGCCGUUUUUUUCUAUUUGAAUCGACUCAUUGAUGUGAAAUUGAUUUUGAUUUACGAUUAGCAGCGUCCUACGACGUAAUAAAAAUCAUC